GGGCGUGAAGCAUACCAUGUGAACCGGCAUAGAGUGCUGAUCAACAUGGGGGUCGCAGCAUCCCCUCACGCCUUCACCAGCGAGUUUUUUCCCUAGCCCGACUGACAAGGGAAGAUCCGCCGCGCCACGCAGAGCACGUGUGGGCGCAAGCUGAUCCGGCCAUUCGAGAGCCACUGACAGCCACUCUCAACCACUCAUAGGUCCCAUCCCUGCCCGGCCCGAUCUUACCUCUGAAACACCCAAGCCGCUUCAAUGGAGGCAGCCAGCGGCAGCACGUCCCAGCAAGUAGACACAUUGCUGGCUGCACUCACCGCCCGCAUCAAGGCCGCAUUCGCCGCCCUCAGCAGAAGGCGGGAGAGAGCUGCUGCAGAGAGGAGAGCACUAGAGGCUGCUGCAGAGAGGAGAGCACUGGACGGCGUGACGGAACCGAACGACAAGGAGACGCUGCAGCUCUGUGUCGGCGGCCAGGCCUUCAGUGUGCGAAGGUCUGUGUUGCGGGCGGUCAAGGGCUCGGUGCUGGCAGAGAUCUUCAGCGGCAGAUGGGAUGGCCGGCUGCUGCGUCACAAUGGGCAGAUCUUCCUCGAUGUUGACCCAACUGUAGGCGGGAGGACGGGGAGAGUGACUGUCCGUGUGACUGUCUGUCUGUCUGUCUGUCUUUCUGCUUGCUUCAUGCAGGUCUUCCGUGCUUUGCUGACGAGGGUGAUGGUGUUCGACCAAAACAGCAGCCAUGGCCACGGCCACUGCCAGUUCCACAUCGCCCCAGAUGACCCGAUGAGAGACGACCCCGGUCUCCUGUUCUACGCCGACCUGCUGCUGACCUCCGGCCAACUGUCUGACCCCCUAGACACGCCAUCUCUUCCUUCACCCUCCCCGUCCCCCCACCACGCAGCAGCCUCCUUUCUGUCCGCCAACCCCUGUUUCCCGCCAUCUUUGUCUGACGCGCUGCAUCACUUCGAGCGGAUCGCCCGCUGCCUGCAGGAGGAAACUGCACGGGUCGACGCGGCCGUGGAGGAGUGGGCGGAGAGGCUUGCACGUGAGGAGCGUCGGUACGCGGCUGUGCGGCCCUUCCUGUCGACAGGUGACGAUAGCGUGCUGUCUGUGGAGGUGAGUGUGGACCGUUCGGUGGUGGCGACCUCGUCUGCGACGAUGGAGGUGGCGACCAUCGGCACGGAUGACAGGGGGCUGCCCAGACCGAUCAUGAACCGCUUCGUCCGGUAGGUCGACAGACCCAUGUAUCGCGCGUGUGGAUGGAAUUCCCUUCUGCCAGGUGGCAGACGCCAAUCGAUUCCAUCCCUCCCUGCCACUUCAAUAAGAUGGUCGACCUCUGUCGUCGAGCGAGACUCACGGCCGCCACGUCAACUGCCACCCCGCCCACCGACCCUUCCUCAGACCGUCCCCUCAUCUUCACCCCCCUGCUGGCUCCAUCAGAACGCACCGCCUUCUCACAGUGCUGCGACAUGUACGGCGUCGACGAGGGCACCGACCCGCACACACGAGUGCCGAAUGGGAGCAGCCUCGUGGCGAGCUUCUACGACUGGUGGAUCAUCAACCGGUGCGUGGGGGCGGUGCAGGGCCGGCCGCUGCGGCUCCUGUUCAGCAGCAGCAUACAUGGAUGGCUGUAUGCCACUCUGGCGAGGCGGGUGCGGAACAUGAGCCGGCUGCUGUUUCUGGUUCGAUCUGGGUGUGAGGUCGUCGGCGUGUACGUGGAGGGACCAUUUCGACUCCCCGCAACGUCGCUCGAGGGCUCCCAUGAGCUCCACACAAAAGGUGCGCCUUCACGACACAAACGACCAACCAUUCAGCCCCUUCCCCUCUCUCCGUCCGGUUUGUCAGUGUCACUAUUCAAGCUUCGUGGCAGCAGGCGCAACCCGUACAUCGGCCCACUGCACCUCUCCCCCACCCACCACGCCGUCGACCGCCUCAUGUGCGCAUCACUCACCGACGACGCCGCCAUACAGGGAUUCGACACGCACAGAGAACGGAACGGCCUCGGCAAGCUGUCGUUCGCGAGCGGCCGGCUGUGGCUGGCGUACGGUGCGUCUUAUGGGGAGGCGAGCACGCUGCGGCAGAUGAGUGGAGGGAUGUUAGAGGGGGAGGGCGAUGCCAUGGCGGGCCGGGGGUGGCUGGGGGCUCGGGUGAGGGAUGAGGGGUCGUUUUACCCCUAUGCGGUGGUCGGGGGGAGCAAUGUGGCGGCGGUUGAUGAGGUGGAGGUGCUCAUGGUCGAUUGACUAACCCGACUGACUGCCCUCUGCGCAUCCCAUCCAUGUGCAUGCCAUCCAUGCUGUGUACGCUGUGGGAUGGAUGCUGCCACUGGGUUGCGCUUUAUUAUCUAUCAUUGUCUGUCAUUAUUGUGUGUGUAUGUGGUCAAUGACUCGUGAUUUGGGUCGCUGUCAGUUUCCUGUUGACGCGCCAGUGCUAUCUAUGUGUAGAGGCUGGACGUGCUUGGGAGUUUUGCCCAUGUGUGUCCCUGUGCCCUGGUCUGUCGCCGGCCAUCGACGCGUACCGGUCCCUCGGUGCAACGAGGGGCGAGUCCACGUCAAUCGCCAACGGCCGACCAAGACACGGACAGACAGAUGGGCAAGGGGUUCUGCUUUGCUCCUUGCCGAUGAGUGCAUUCGUCCGAUUCGUUCCCUGUCUGCGUGUCCGCAACGUUUCGGCUGCAAAUCUGUGUGCCUCUCCUUUGCAUGUCGUCUGCGGAUGGCUCCUCGCCCCUCGCUGCAGCGGGGGGGCGGGUAGACGUUCACGGGCGAGGGAUCACCAGAGGACGGGCACACAGAGGGCCGUAUGGUCGGUGAGGGAUGGCUAUGUGAAUGUGUGUGUGUGUAUAUUGAUUUGUAUAUCUGUCAUUUGUGUAUAGGGCCACGAUCCGAUCCUUUCGGUGGCCUGGCCUGUGUCUGCUAGAAUAUGUACACUAAGACACACUGGUGUGCUGUACCGAUACAGGGAGGGAGGGAGGGAGGGCGGCUGUGGUGUCGACAUGACUGCAGGCAGCAUGUUGGGCGACAACACUGGUACUCAUGCCGCGAUGUCUGUGCUGCGUGUAUGUGCGUGUGUGUGUGCGUGUGUGUGUGUGU